UUUUGCCUGCCUCAAGCAAAUAGAGUUUAUCUCAUCACUCACCAAACUUCUCUCCUCAAUCUAAAGAGAGCAGAGCAGAGAUCCUCUAUACAUAAACAUAGAUACAUAAUAGUUUUAUAUAACUAGAGAUAUAUAUAGUAUCUAUAUAGAGAAGUAACAAAUAAUCAACAAACAAAGAUGAAAGGUGGAGGAAGCAAUUGUGGGAGCUUGGAGAAAAUUAAACCGAUAUUAGCGAUAAUAUCAUUGCAAUUUGGGUAUGCAGGCAUGUACAUCAUUACCAUGGUCUCUUUCAAGCAUGGCAUGGACCAUUGGGUCCUAGCCACAUACCGUCAUAUCGUCGCUACGCUGGUCAUGGCUCCCUUUGCUCUGGUUUUUGAGAGGAAAAUUAGGCCGAAGAUGACACUACCAAUAUUCUAUAGGCUUCUUGCUCUUGGAAUACUAGAGCCCCUCAUGGACCAGAACUUCUACUACAUAGGAUUAAAGUCCACGUCGGCAUCGUACACUUCUGCCUUUACAAAUGCACUUCCCGCAGUAACCUUCAUUCUCGCCCUCAUUUUCAGGCUUGAGACAGUGAACUUUAGAAAGAUACAUAGUAUAGCAAAAGUGGUAGGAACGGUAAUAACGUUGGCAGGAGCAAUGGUAAUGACUUUGUACAAAGGUCCGGCCAUCGAGAUCGUGAAAGCUGCACAUUCUUCCUUUCACGGUGGCUCCAACACGGCCACGGGACAGCACUGGGUCACUGGAACCUUAGCCAUCAUGGGAAGUAUCUCCACUUGGGCUGCUUUCUUUAUUUUACAGUCGUUCACAUUGAAAAUUUAUCCGGCUGAGCUAUCCCUCGUGGCGUUGAUAUGUGGGAUUGGAUCGAUCCUAAACUUCGGCGUUUCGAUGAUAUUUGUCCGCGACUUGAGCGCCUGGAAAAUCGGCAUGGACUCCGGCACACUCGCCGCGGUUUACUCCGGAGUGGUUUGUUCGGGCAUUGCUUAUUACAUACAAAGCAUUGUGAUUAAGCAACGUGGCCCCGUGUUUACGACGUCGUUUAGUCCUAUGUGUAUGGUCAUUACUGCUUUCCUCGGUGCCCUUGUUUUGGCUGAGAAAAUCCACCUCGGAAGUAUAAUCGGGGCAAUUUUCAUCGUCAUUGGACUAUAUAGUGUAGUAUGGGGAAAAAGUAAAGACGUGGUCAAUCCAUUGGAUGAGAAAAUCAUCGUAGGUCAAGAGCUUCCAAUCACUAACUCAGUCAAACAAACGAACGGUGAUGUAUUAGGAUCACCAAUGAACGGUCGUGAUGGCUGGGGAGCACAAGUUAAUGGUGUGGCUACCAGUAUCUGAAUCAAUCCCGAAGAGAAAAAGAAAGAUACAGAGACAAAGAGGUCAUCUCCUUUGGGGUUGAAAUUUUGAUAUCUUUCUUGUUGUUUUUGUGUUUUCUUCUUUGUUACUUUUACGUUUUCUAAUGCUCUACUUUUAAAUCUAGUAACCUUUACUUAUCUGUGUUUUCUCUGUUUCUACUUUCCUGUAUUUUGAAAUUCCAAGGCAAAUGAUGAAUGAAUCAUUUGAUAAAUA